CCCUUCCUGUCUUUGCUCAAACUCAUUCGUGUCAACUGCCCAGAGUCCACGAACAUAGUGCUCUCCAACACAAGGAUAUAGGAUAUACCUUUUUCUAGAAAAAGAGAAAAAGGUGAAAGUCACUGUACAUUUCCAUGAUUGCAAUCAGCUCCUGAAAUCUGUGGUGCAUUCCAGGGUCUCCUCGUUGAAACAUGUCCCUCUGCAGUUUUGGAUUGGAGCCUCUGUCCUGUCAUGCCUGGAACAAAGACCGCACACAACUCGCCAUUAGUCCCAACAACAAUGUUGUGAACAUUUAUCAAAAGAAAGGAAAAGAAUGGAUCAAGAUUCACGACCUGACAGAACACAGUGGCCGAAUCACAGGGAUUGAUUGGGCCCCAGAGUCCAACCGUAUAGUGACAUGUGCCUCAGAUAGGAAUGCCUAUGUAUGGACACUUAAAGAUGGGGUCUGGAAGCCAACUUUGGUGCUGGUCCGCAUCAAUAGAGCUGCCACAUGCGUCAAGUGGUCACCUCUUGAGAACAAGUUUGCUCUUGGAAGCGGGGCCAAACUGGUUUCAGUGUGCUACUUUGAAAAGGAGAAUGACUGGUGGCUGAGUAAGCAUAUCAAAAAACCCAUUAACUCAACAGUUCUGAGUCUAGACUGGCAUCCCAACAACAUGUUGCUGGCAGCUGGCUCUGCUGAUCUCCACUGCAGAAUCUUUUCUGCAUAUAUCAAGGACAUCGAGGACAGGCCUGGACCAACACCCUGGGGAGCCAAAAUGCCCUUUGGGGAGGUGCUUCUGGAGCAUAAAGACUGUGUUGGCUGGGUGCACAGUGUCUGUUUCUCUCCGUCUGGAGAUACACUUGCCUGGGUUAGCCACAACAGCGCCAUCAGUGUAGCAGAUGCCACCCAGGGAAAAGAGGUUACUCAGCUGACAACAGAACAUCUGCCUUUGCUGAGUGUGCUCUAUGUCAGUGAGUCUGAGAUUGUAUCAGCGGGGCAUGAUUGCUGCCCAUAUCAGUUUUCAUACAAGGGUCCUGGAAGCUUGGUGUUUGUGAAGAAAGUGGACAUUCCCAAGCAGACCUCUAAGGGCAACAUGUCUGCUAUGCAACAUUUCCGUAAUCUUGACAAAAAAGCUGUUACAGAGGAGGAAGACACUGAGCUGGGCAGUCUGCACCAGAACAGCAUCACCCAACUAUGUAUUCUGGAAGGGGUGAGGGCCAAAGUGGAGAAAUUCAGCAGCAUAGGCUUAGAUGGUGCCAUGGUUGUUUGGGAUUUCAAGCACUGAAACCUCACAGGAUCUGGUGAGAGAGGAAAACAAUUCUAGUCUUCUUUACUGUCUGCUCACCUACUUGUGUAGCCCUUAGUACAGUACAAUAUGAUAAUGUUAUAUUGAUUAUGAUGAGAACUGUACUGGGAUGGAUGAUCUCAUAAAUGUGUUAUGUAAUAGCUUUUUUCGGCAGUAUUACCUGAAUAAUAGGGAACGUUUCAAUAAUCCCCCAAACAGAACUAAGAGAAAAUUUGGCUGCAUAAAGUGAGCUAAUCUUGUGAGCAAUGACUAUCAUAACUGCAUAUUUUUCUAUUUCAAAAUUGCUGCUAAUGUAAAAAAAAAAAAUACUAUACUCUAUAGUUUUGCAUUUAAUAAAACAAAGCAUCAAAUAAAAACA